AACCGACACUUUCAUCAAGCAUCAAAAUCUAUCCGUUCUCUAUUUUCCUCCCAUUCUCACAUCAACAUUACAUAUAAUCACUCUCUGUUUUUCUCUUUCUCUUUCAUUCAUUCUCUCCUUUAAUUCAGAUCUACCUUUUCCAUAAUGCAACUCCAUUAACACUAUUCACUGAUUAUUCAAUUUUGUAUAAUAACAACAUCUGAAAAUCGAGUUAUGAUGUCAAGAAGGCCGGGAAACUCUUCUCGAAGAUUCGGCGACGGAAAAUCGAAAUCGUCGCCGCUUUUGUCAAUUGCGCUUAUAGUCGUGGGAGCUUUGUUUAUCAUUGGUUACUUCUAUAAGGGUUCAGGUGGACUUGGUGGCCGCUUAGAUUCUGUUAGUAGGGUUGAAGGUGCAGGUGAUUAUUUGUGCAGUGGAGAGGUCCAACGAGCAAUUCCUGUUUUACAGAAAGCAUAUGGAGAUAGCAUGCACAAAGUUUUGCAUGUUGGUCCUGAUACUUGCUAUGUGGUCUCAAGAUUGCAAAAGGAGGAUGAAACUGAAGCCUGGGGUAUAGAACCAUAUGAUGUAGAGGAAACUGAUAGUAAUUGCAAAACACUAAUCCGUAGAGGCAGUGUGCGUGUGGCUGAUAUCAAGUUUCCUCUUCCAUAUAGGCAAAAAUCUUUCUCUCUUGUAAUUGUUUCAGAUACUCUGGAUUACCUAUCCCCAAAAUACCUCAAUAAAACUCUUCCAGAUUUGGUGAGAGUAUCAACCGAUGGCUUAGUGAUAUUUACCGGUAUUCCAACUAAUCAAAAGGCCAAGGUAGCAGAUGUUUCUAAAUUCGGAAGAGCGGCCAAGAUGAGGAGUGGAUCCUGGUGGGUCAAGUUUUUCCUUCAAAAUAACUUAGAGGAGAACGAAGCCGCAAAUAAGAAGUUCGAGCAAGCUUCAACAAAGAGUUCAUAUGUUCCAAAAUGUCAGAUAUUCCACUUGAAAUCACUCCAUUGAUUUGCGAGUUGAUUAAUCGAGUAGCCCCGAUAGUUGCUGCUUCAUUUUUCAUCUAAAACAUUUUCUUCUAUAAAGGUAAUUUAAUUCAUUUAUAAAUAUUCGCCAUAGAUGGUGUAUCACUUUUGUUGUUGCUUGAAAUAGAGAUAUUUAUUCUUUGAAA